CUUCAAUAUUUGUGUCUAGAUGUUUGCAUGAACAUGCAGAUGUGUUACAUAAUGUGCACAUAUGGCUUGUUCGCUCAAUCACAUUACACUGUUAUUAUUUAAGUUAGUAAUACUAGAAUUACCAGUUAUUAUGGGCUUUUUUCACUUUAAAAAGGAACCAAUAAAUUUAUGACUCUUAUAACUAAAGGAAUUAACCAUACAUUGAUUUAACUAUUUAAAUAAAAUGAAUUGAUAAUGAAGUACUCAAAUUUAUUCAUGUUUAUGUACAUAUCUAUACUGUAAUGCAAAGGUUUACAUUGGGAAAUCGUAACAAUCAUCAGCGUGAUUACCAGCUUAAAACUUAACAACUCAAAGUGAUCUAAGAGCGGAACUAGACAUAUAAACACACACAAACAUCCCUUAGAAACUAAUUUUAAUUAUUUGAAGAAAACACAUUUUUUAGAUAAAAAAAAACUUUCAUGAGAUUUGAUUUGAUAAUUUACCCAGUUCAAGAAAAUUGCAUCAAAUUAAAUUAAAAAUUGUGAAUUAAUUUGAAAAUUAAAUGUCUGGUGAUACUGAGGCCACAUUUAUUUUAUCUUUAGACGACGAUGAAAAUGAUAUUGUAUCAUCUCAUCCAAAUCACAAUAAAACAAUAACAGCAGAUUAUUCAACAGAAAAUACAGUAGUUGAAUUCUCUAUUUCAAUUAAUGAUGAUAGCGUUGAAGUGAAAGGAGGCGAUUCAAUGUCAUUGGAAGAACAAUUAGCUUGGUUUGGCGAUUAUCUUGAAAAAGAAUCUCGUGUAUUUGAACAAAAAUGGUCACACCCAACUCAAAGUAAUGCAACCUUGAAUCAGUUCGAUCGUAUAAAAACACUUGGUACAGGAUCAUUUGGUCGUGUCAUGUUAGUGAAAGAUAAAAAGACACAGAUGUAUUAUGCAAUGAAAAUUCUAGAAAAACAAAAAGUUGUCAAACUCAAACAAGUAGAACAUACAUUGAAUGAGAAAAAAAUUUUACAAGCAAUCAAUUUUCCUUUUCUUGUCAGUAUGGAUUUUAGUUUUAAAGAUAAUUCAAAUUUGUAUAUGGUACUUGAGUUUGUCAGUGGAGGUGAAAUGUUUUCUUAUUUAAGAAGAGUUGGGAAAUUCAGUGAAGAAGAUUCACGUUUCUAUGCAAGUCAAGUUGUACUGGCAUUUGAAUAUCUGCAUUCUUUUGAUUUAAUCUACAGGGAUUUAAAACCUGAGAAUUUAUUGAUUGCUAGUGAUGGUUAUUUAAAAGUUACCGACUUUGGAUUUGCCAAAAAAAUCAAAGGACGAACAUGGACAUUAUGUGGAACACCAGAAUAUCUUGCCCCCGAAAUUAUUCUAAGCAAAGGCUACAAUAAAGCUGUGGAUUGGUGGGCACUCGGUAUUUUGAUCUAUGAAAUGGCUUGUGGAUAUCCACCAUUUUUCGCAGAUCAACCUAUAGAAAUUUAUGAGAAAAUUGUUGCUGGUAAAGUGAGAUUUCCCGGACAUGUUAGUAGUGAUCUGAAAAAUCUUCUUAAACAAUUGUUACAAACAGAUUUAACAAAACGUUACGGUAAUUUAAAAAAUGGUGUCGAUGAUAUCAAAUGUCAUAAAUGGUUCCGGCCAACUAAUUGGGUUGCAGUUUAUCAAAAAGAAAUAUGUGCCCCAUUCUUACCGCCAUGUAAAGGGCCCGGUGACACAAGUAAUUUCGAUGAUUAUGAGGAGGAACCACUUCGAAUAUCUAAAACAGAUUAUUGUUCAAAAGAAUUUGAAGAAUUCUGACGAAAAACGAAUUAAAGUGAAUGAGUUAAAUACACAAAAGACAUUUAAAUCAAAUCUUAUUAACACUGCUUAUUUUUUAUUUCCAGGUUUCACUUCAAAUCCCAGUCUGUGUUUGAUACACUCGUCUGAAACUUUGGGGCACAUGGAAUGAAAAUAGACGAAAGAUAAAACAUUAAUUAAGCACAUGGAUUUGUGUGUGCAAAUACAAGAUCCUUACUUUUCGGUACUAUUCAAUCAUUCAUUAUGUGUAUAUGUGUGUACAAGUAUGUAACGAACACAUUUACACCUAAAUAUGUUCUGAUACCGCCUUUUAUCACGAUGCUUUUAAUGAACAAAUGAUGCCAUAAAGUAUCUAGUCUGAUUUGUAUAUUUUAAGCCUUUCUAUCAUUUUGUAUGGAUUAAUACAUGUUCACUAACUUCUUAGUUUAUGAGGUUGAAACUACUCAGAAUUUUAUUUUCUUUGUUUUCCCUGUAAACUAUCAUAUUUUUAUUCUGUAAAUGAAGUAACAAAUAAUCACUGAAUGUCACUAGUUUUUUUUGGGGGGGGGAGUAUUCGCUAUUCAUCAUAAAUGUAUGUUUAUUGUAUAGCUACAUAUGUUUGAAUACUGAGGUAUACAUAAAUAUUUGUGUAACCCAAAUAUACUACUGCCUUUGUUAGGUACAAAACAUGUCUAUGGUUGAAAUAUUAUUUUAUUUAUUAGAAGAAAAAGUUACAGAAAGUAUUCUAUAACUGUAUAAGCUUUUGAAAAAAAAAUUUCUCUCUUUUU